AUGGGCAGUCAGAGCCUAGCGCCUGGAAGGUGUGAGGUUCCCCCAGGACGCCUAAUCACUUGCUCCAGGGAAAAGCGGCGAGGCUUUGGGAACUCGUGCGCGCCCUCCAAUCGACAAUGUUCGUGGAAAUAUAAUCAUUUGACAAAUUACCGCAAUAUCGGGCGUGUUGAUCUGGAAUCAACCCAUACUCCACAUUCACUUUCACUGCCGAAGGAACAUCACAUAGAUGAAUAUCUGAAUCCAGACUGGGGAGCGACACCCUCACGUAAAGAAUAUCCAAACCUCCCAGCUGUUGUCGAGAUGAAGGAUAAUGAAAGAAUGAAGGAAGAAGAAAGACUGAAUGAUUUGGCUAAGGUAUAUAAUCGUUUGAGUAGAAAGGGGGCUAAUCUAUUUGUUGGCAUAAUUAAUAUUUAUUUUUUCCUAACAUCAUUAGAAUCCUUAUGGAAAAUUUUUCUUUUCUAAAA